CUUCUUAUACUCUGUAUGUAAAUCGUACAAGACCAAAAAGAAGUAAAUAAUGACGGUUCUUCAUCCUUGCAUCAGAGACGGCUGGUUCUAUGAAAAAAGCGAAAUGUGGCCAGGACAAGCGCUUGGCAUCCAAGUCAAGCGAGUCCUCCAUCAUGAGAAAUCCAAAUACCAAGAUAUCUUAGUGUUUGAAUCAACCCACUACGGAAACGUAUUAGUGCUGGAUAAUGUAAUCCAACUCUCCGAACGAGACGAAUUCUCGUACCAAGAGAUGAUUGCCCAUCUUGCCAUGAACUCGCAUCCGAGCCCAAAGAAGGUAUUGGUGAUUGGUGGCGGUGAUGGUGGAGUGCUUCGAGAAGUUGUCAAACACGAAGGCGUUGAGGAAGUCCAUAUUGUGGAAAUCGACGAAGCGGUUCCUCGUGUCUCGCGUAAGUAUCUUCCCAAGAUGGCGGUAGGAUUCGAUCAUCCGAAAGUGAAGCUUUUCAUCAUGGAUGGCUUUGAGUUCCUCGAGGACAAGGCCAACGCGUAUGAUGUGGUUAUCACCGAUUCUUCUGAUCCUGAUGGCCCGGCAGAGUCGCUUUUCAAGAAUGAGUUCUUCCAAAUGCUCAACAUGGCCAUGACAGCCGACGGUGUUUUCAGCACGCAAGCCGAAUGCAUGUGGCUCUACAUUGAUGAUAUCCGAAAGGCCCUGGAUUUCAACCGAACCUUGUAUCCUCAGGUACAUUAUGCGUACUCCUGUGUGCCAUCCUACCCAUGCGGACAAAUUGGCCAUAUCCUUUGCUCCAAGAAUCCGAAUGUCGACUUGACAAAACCCCUUCGACGAUGGACACCAGAAGAAGAAGUUCAGCUUUUCAAGUAUUACAGUGCGGAUAUGCAUCAAGCUGCUUUUAUCAUACCCCAAUUUGCAAAAAAAGCCCUUUUCCUUUAAGGUACUACUGCUGACUACUACACCAAGCAGUAUCAGCAAGAGCAGUAGAAAUACUACUUGAGUACCAUCAUACCAUGCCCCAUCCACUAGUACAAUUUCUUCACCGCAUCAAACAAACUGUACAUUUACCAUACACACACACACUCUCUCUGCUCUCAGUAAAUAAAAAAGAAUACACACUGCAAGC